UCCGGACCGUUUCCCGGUGAGGGCAUGAAGAGCUGGUUGAGAGGAGGCAAGAGAGCAAGGCUGUUACAUCUCAUACAGGGUAACACAGGUGAGGUACUGCAGGAGAACAGAGUGCACUGUAGCCCCAGUAGCAAUGGAGGACAGUGACCGUGAGGCUCACUCAUCAUCAGAUGACCAGGACUCCGCCCCGCCAUCCCCUGGCCACACCAGGGACCACSACCAUCAGACCGAACAGCACUCAAGCUAUUCCAAGGACGACUCUGAAGACUCUGAGUUGGAGAACAUUAUGCAACAAGACCCCCACCACAAUGGGGGCCAUCCACACCCCCACCCGCCUCUUCCCAGCUAUGAGCACAGCCCCGACCAUGAGCACCCCCACCCAGGGGACAGGGAGGCGGAGGGUGGCGACAGCCCUCCGAACACCCCCGGGACGCCCACCUCUGGAACCCCACCCUUUUUGCGCCCCCCCACGGCAGGUGGCAGGGCCCAGUCAGACAACCAGUGCGUAGGGAGGCUGCAGCUGGGUGGAGGUGGGAUGAUGGAUCACUAUGAUAUGCAGUCUCCCCUCAGUCCCACCAGGCCCAAGAGCCCCUGGGGCCGCUUUGAYCCCUACGACUUUCCAGAGGACCAAGACAAGGAAUACGUGGGAUUUGCCACACUGCCAAACCAGGUGCACCGUAAGUCUGUCAAGAAGGGCUUUGACUUCACCCUGAUGGUAGCAGGAGAGUCUGGUCUGGGCAAGUCCACCCUGGUCAACAGCCUCUUCCUCACAGACCUCUACAAGGACAGGAAGCUACUCAACGCUGAGGAGCGGAUCACUCAGACAGUGGAGAUCACUAAACACACAGUGGACAUUGAGGAGAAGGGCGUCAAGCUGAAGCUCACCAUCGUAGACACCCCUGGCUUUGGAGACGCUGUCAAUAACACUGAAUGCUGGAAGUCAGUGGCGGACUACAUCGACCAGCAGUUUGAGCAGUACUUCAGGGACGAGAGUGGACUGAACAGGAAGAACAUCCAGGAUAACAGAGUCCACUGCUGCCUCUACUUCAUCUCUCCCUUUGGACACGGUCUGAGGCCUCUGGAUGUGGAGUUUAUGAAGGCCCUUCAUGAGAAGGUCAACAUUGUGCCCAUCCUGGCCAAGGCAGACACACUCACACCCACCGAGGUCAAGAAAAAGAAAUUCAAGAUCCGGAAGGAGAUCCAGCAGUAUGGGAUUAAGAUCUACGCAGUUCCAGACUGUGACUCUGAUGAGGAUGAGGACUUCAAACAGCAGGAUCAGGUCCUCCAGGACAGUAUACCGUUUGCGGUGAUCGGCAGCAACACGGUGGUGGAGGCCAAAGGGAAGAGGGUCCGGGGUCGUCUCUACCCCUGGGGCAUCGUGGAAGUGGAGAACUCGGCACACUGUGACUUUGUGAAGCUGAGGAACAUGUUGGUGAGGACACACAUGCAGGACCUGAAGGAUGUGACACGGGGAGACCACUAUGAGAAAUACAGGGCUCACUGCAUCCAGAACAUGACCCGCAUGGUGGUGAAGGAACGCAACCGCAAUAAACUGACCAGGGAGAGCGGCACAGACUUCCCCAUCCCUGUGAUACCAAGUACCACAGACACCGAGACGGAGAAGCUGAUCCGAGAGAAAGAUGAAGAGUUGCGGCGAAUGCAAGAGAUGCUCACAAAGAUCCAGGAACAGAUGCACACGCAGAAGGAGGCCUAUUAACCCAGGCUACUACUASAACCCCUGUCCCUCUGUAAAUGCAGCCCCCCUCUUUCCACUACUAGGGUGGGCACCCCUAGUACCACUCUACUCUARUCCACAAACAUUGUCUACUCCAGCUCAUCCAACCCCGACAGCCACCACUCCUCAUUUAGUCAAUAACCCUCACUAUCAGAGACUGAUCCACGACCAGGCAUGAGGUAUUCACAGACAGGAGGUGGCAUGGAGAGAAUUUGCCUUCUCUUCCAACAACAUGGAAGUCCUGUGUCUCCACACCUGUUGUGGAAACUYUAACAGUAACCACGGGCACUCCUGUCGAGUGCCAUUGCUUGAGCACAACACCGGGCCGGACAGCACCGAACUAACCACCUGCUUGUCCUUAAAGGGUUACGGCCGGGUCCUGCCUGCCCUCUUUCCACUCAUAGUUUACCUGUGGUCUUCUCAUGAGAACGUUUUGCCUUCCAGUUCAUUGCUAACACUUCAAUGUUCAUUGAUGUUUCUCCUUAGUGAACUCUAACCCUGACAUUGGUUAAGGGGUAGACUGUAGGGAAUGUGUUGUCCUGUCCCUCUGCUAGGUGUUUGAAAGUUUAUCUCAUAACAAAUGUAGUUGUGUGGUCUUAACUAACAAGGUUAAGGUUUGACGAGGUCUGUUGUGAAGGAGGUUGGCCUGCCCAAAUACAUUUUUUUUKUCAUGCACAAUUUUUUUCCCAAUAGCAUUUUUUUUAAAGGUCAAUACUAUAGAUGGUCAUACAGAUCAUAUGUGAUACUUUUUUUUCUACAAUGUUACAUUUGUAAAUGUUUUUGUUACGGGAUUGCAUCUAUCACUUGCUAUUGCUUUUAUUUGCAUUGCUACACAGAACAGCGAGAAAUUCCUUGUCGUGGAAUGUCAUUUUUUCACAAUUUUUUUUUUUAAUUUCAACAAAUGUUACUGAAGUACUGUUGGGUGUUUUUUUGACAAAUGUAUGUUAAUAGGGCUAACUAAUGUCCUUCACUCUCCCAAUUCCAGCAUGCUCAACCAUGGGUUGUUCAUUCUUGUAUUUUACUGAAAAAGGACACCCACUACUUACAGUUCUGAUAUCUGUAAUGAUAGUUUGAGAGUUUUCUGGAAUAUUGUUGACUUGCAGCUCUACAGGUCGUAGUAAAACGUUUUGCAGCGAAAAUGAAAAUGUGUGUUCUUAGACUGGGAUACAAUCCGAUUAUAGGCACUGCGACUUUUAAAGGCAAUUUCAGAUUAAGCUGACAUAUGCAGCGUUUACGUGAUGUGAUCUCUGCGAACGCAGAGAACAUUGCCUUUUUAAAAGCCGCAGUGCAAAACCUGAGAUCUGACUAAAUCCUGGCUCAAAUUGACAAGUUCCAGCAUUAACUCCACAUUUUAAAGUUUUUUCAUAUUUUUUUUUUUCACUGAACAUGACCCAAGAGAAAACAGAAGCCUUGAGCUAGCUAUGUGCCAGCCAAGAGAUGCUGGCCUGGGGACCAAGCAGACAGGACAAGGCCCUUAUUCUGCCAGAGGUCAGGGGGCUAGAGAAUGACAGGGUCACUUCAGUAAGGUGCCUGUUUGUGUGUAUAGUGUCUGAUAUAGAGGUGUCUGAUGUAGCAGGCCUUCAUCCAUGGGUGAUAUUUUUCUUGAUGUGUGAUAUUUUUCUUGAUUGUUUGUGGACAGUAAGUAUGCACCCACUAUUUUGAAGUACAUUAAGUAGAUAUGUAUGAGUGGAUGCUUUUAUUAUAGUAGAUAUAUUAUGCACUCAACGCAAGAGAAAUUAUAAUUACUUAUCAUUUAGGUAUUUUCCACUCCCAURUUUCCCCCCAAGAAUUUUGACUUUAAUAAACACAUUUUUUUUUUUUCAUGAAGAUGAAUAGUUGUGCAUAUGUAUUUAUUUUCCUCAGGUGCAAAUGUCAGUUCAUUCACAAGGAACAAGUCAUGAGACAUAAAAAUAUACAUUUGUUUGGAUUAUUAGUAUCAUGAGUGCCAGAAAAAUGUAUUGAAAUAAUCAGAAUAAAAUAUUUUUAUUUCACAUUCUCUUUGUAAGCAACAUUGGACCCUGAUUAUAUUUGUUCAAUUUACCUGUUCUAUCCUCAUCCAUCAAAAGCUUAGAGAUUCACCUACAGACCCAGUCAAAUCACACACUAGAACAAAAGUAGGAAAUAAGAUUUUGUUUGUUUUAUAAGAAUGUUGUCAUACUACUUUUUCUGAAUAUAUUUGUAAUAAAUAACUUUGGCCAGGAUUCAAUCUGAGCGCAGAUUGGCAACGCUCCAAAAAAGGCAUUUUCCCAUUGAGCCGACAUAUGCAGUGUUUACCGUGAAUGUGGGCUCUGAAAAAGUGCAUUGUGGACAAAGCUCGCUCGGAUUGAAUCCAGCACUUUAUAAAGUCAUUGAGGAAGAGAAAGGAUGCAAUGAAUUGUAAUACAAUAAAGGAAGUAACAUCUUGGCUCUC